UCGGUGACAAAACUUAGGAGUCUUAUCAUCAGCAAGUUCAACUUAGCGAAGAGAUCAGAAUGCGUUGCCUUUUCGUAUUGUGUGUGAUCGGUCUUGCCAUGAGCGUGUCCGCCAAGGCCACCGGCGACGCCUCAAAGGCGCCCGCCGGAGAUGCGCCUGCAGUUGAGGCUCCCGCAGUGGAUUCUGGGAAGGGGACCGCGGCUCCCACAGACGCCGCCGAAGCCAAAUCAGCCAACGGCAACGCUUACGCAUACGGAAAGAACAAGAAGCCGAAAUGCAAGGGACUGUGCCCCGAAUCGACCCUUCAGAUCUGUGUCAACGUAGACGCUGCCGACACCGCCAAAGUAAGCGCCCUGAUGAGUCUGAUGAACGGGGACGCCGCAGUUGAAGCUGCAAUAACUGUUGCUGCCGCAGACGAGACGAAGGCUGACAAAACUGCAUCCGGUUCCGGCAAAUCCGCCAGCGAGGAGAGUGGCUCGAACUCGGGCACCAACGACAACAACUGAGGCGCUCGACUCGGACGAAAAAAAAUCUAACAUUUUUAUUUUUUUCAGUUCUUUUAAUUUUAAAGUUCACUUUUUAAUCGCACACAUCACAGUGAAACCUAUGUAUUUUCAGAGACGUAGAUAACGUUAUCUACGUCUCUGGUAUUUUUUAAUCAAAUAUGAAUAAAGAAUUUAGCAGCAAA